CACAGAGGCUUCGCUUCCCCCCGCGGAGGGAAUGGCUUACGCCGGAGCGGCGGGGGGCGACGAGCCCUUGGCUGGGACCUCCAGCGGCAAAGACUACGCAGGACAAGGAUGCGGCGGCGGCGGCGGCGGGGGUCCCCCGGGGGGGGGGGCCGCGGUGGUGGUGCGGGACGCGCUGUCACUGGAGGAGAUCCUGAGGCUCUACAGCCAGCCCAUCAACGAGGAGCAGGCGUGGGCCGUUUGCUACCAGUGCUGCGGCUCCCUCCGCGCUCGGCUGCGCCGCAGGGAGCCCCCGGCCGGGAGGGUGGAGAGCCCGGCGGACAUUCGCAUCUGGAAGGAUGGGGCCGUCACCCUGGGCGGCUGGGACGCCAACGGCCGGAGCCCGCCGGGACCCGCAGGUAAAUCAGAACAUUCACAGUGUUCAGAAACAGAGGUGAUUGAAUCCUUGGGAAUUAUUAUUUAUAAAGCACUGGACUAUGGCUUGAAGGAGAAUGAAGAGAGAGAGCUAAGCCCUCCCUUGGAACAGCUUAUUGAUCACAUGACUAAUAUGAUAGAAGCAGAUGGGAGCAAAGACGAAGGCUAUGAGGCUCUGGAUGAAGGUGUAGAGGAUGAAAAUGAUAAAGAGGAUGUCGAAGUUAUACAGUCUUAUCGAGAUGUCAUGAAGCUCUGUGCUGCUCAUCUACCAACCAGAUCAGAUGCACCAAGGCAUUAUCAAGCAGUAUGUCGGGCACUGUUUGCAGAAACAAUGGAGCUGUACACGUUCUUGGCCAGAAUUAAAAGCGCUAAAGAGAAUUUGAAGAAGAUUCAGGAAAUGGAUAGAAAAGGGAGUGAUGAAUCCACAGAUCUUGAUGAGUUAAAAAAUGCUGAUUGGGCCCGAUUUUGGGUGCAGGUUAUGCGAGAUUUACGCAACGGUGUGAAACUGAAGAAAGUUCAAGAACGUCAGUUCAACCCUCUUCCAAUAGAGUAUCAGCUCACUCCAUAUGAGAUGCUGAUGGAUGAUAUUCGAUCAAAACGCUAUACUUUAAGGAAGGUUAUGGUCAGUGGAGAUAUACCUCCACGAUUAAAAAAAAGUGCCCAUGAAAUAAUAUUGGACUUCAUCCGAUCUCGACCUCCAUUAAAUCCAGCUUCUGCAAGAAAACUGAAACCAACCCCACCACGACCACGUAGCCUCCAUGAAAGAAUACUGGAAGAAAUCAAAUCUGAAAGAAAGCUGAGACCAGUCUCUCCUGAUGAGAUCAGGCGCAGUAGACUUGAUGCAUCCACACCAGAGACCUCCAGAAAAGUGUCAGAAAGCUAUGUACUGAAUGGCAGCUUGGCACCUGAAGCAAAUGUGAACGGCAUUGGCACUGCUCAGUUGACAGUGCAACGGAAGAGACUACUGAAAGCUCCCACAUUGGCUGAACUAGAUAGCUCAGAUUCAGAGGAAGAGACUAUACGUAAAUCAGCUAGUAGCAGUAGCAUAUCUCCGUCUCAAAUGGAAGAUACAUUUCCAGGAACCUCUGGGAAAAAGGUGCCUCCAAAAUUCUUGCCAAUAUCAUCCACGCCGCAGCCAGAGAGGAGGCAGCCACCUCAGAGGCGACACUCCAUUGAAAAAGAAACACCAACGAACGUGCGACAGUUCCUGCCACCCACAAAACAGAGCUCCAGAUCCCUUGAAGAAUUUUGUUACCCAGUGGAAUGCCUGGCUCUCACAGUGGAAGAAGUAAUGCACAUCCGCCAAGUGCUAGUGAAGGCAGAACUAGAGAAAUACCAGCAGUAUAAAGAUGUCUAUACUGCCCUCAAGAAAGGAAAGCUCUGUUUCUGUUGCCGAACACGGAGGUUUUCCUUUUUCACCUGGUCCUAUACCUGUCAGUUUUGUAAAAGGCCAGUAUGCUCACAUUGUUGUAAAAAGAUGCGCCUGCCAUCAAAACCAUAUUCUACUCUUCCCAUCUUUUCUCUGGGGCCUUCUGCUUUGCAGAGAGGAGACAGCUUUAUGAGGCCAGAUAAACCUUCCACAAGCCAUCACCGGUCAUUAAGGGGCAUGCCAAGGUUGUCCUCAAAGUCCAAAUCCGUAGAUAAAUCUGAUGAAGAGGCACUGUUUCCCAAAGAGCUAAUGGAGGACUGGAGCACCAUGGAGGUGUGUGUGGACUGCAAAAAGUUCAUCUCGGAAAUAAUUAAUUCAAGUCGGCGAAGCCUCUCCCUGGCGAACAAGCGAGCCAGGUUAAAAAGGAAAACCCAGUCGUUCUACAUGUCGUCCCCAGGGACCUCGGAGUACUGCCCUUCUGAGAGGACUAUCAACGAGAUCUGAGCCUUGUGCCUUUCUCUUUGCGUUGUCUUCACGAGGUUCUUCUGAGAGAACUCACUGAAACCAGCUUGUCUUUCUUUCCUCUGUUCUGAUAUCUUAUAUUUGCAUUAGGUCACUGGUGUCACAGCUCCGUAAUUUACA